GGACCCCGCCUGGGCCCCAAGACCCCUAUCGACGCCAUCGCCGCCGAAUACACCACAGCUGACCCCGUUUAUGUAGCCAAGACGAUGGCCCUGCCACAUACUUACUCACACUACCGGCCGGUCAAGGGCGACGGCAACUGUGGAUGGAGAGCGAUCGGCUUCUGCUACUUCGAGCUGCUCAUCCAUACGGGCAGCCGGGAGGUGGUGCAGGGAGAACAGCUGCGUCUGUCACAGCUGAACGACUUCCUCGUCAACAGUGGUGGCUACGACCCGGUGAUGUUUAUGGAUUUUGUCGAGGAGACUUUGCAACUCUUCCAGAACAUCGCAGACAACAUACACAACCCAGCUGCUGCCCACACCAUCCUUGCUGACACAUUCAACGACGAUGGGUCCAUGGGCGUGCUAUACCACCUCCGACUACUUGCGGCAUCAUGGCUCAAGGGCAACCGAGAGCAGUACGACGCCUGGUGUGAGACUGGUAUUGAGGGGUACUGCAUGUCGAUGCUCGAGCCGCCAGAUCGAGAAAUCGAGGAACUUGGCAUCGUGCUCCUGGUCGAGGUCCUUCUCCGGCCGAUCGGGUUUGUCCUCCAGAUAGCUUAUCUGGACCGCAGUGCAGGUACGGAGGUUAACACCCACCGGUUCCCCGAGUCAGGUGACGACGGCGGUCCCUUUAUCCACCUUUUGUACCGCCCGGGCCACUACGACAUUCUGUACAAGCGGGAUCCGGUCCAGGUGCAAGUCAACCGGGUGGCCUUUGACCCUACUACCUUUGGAAGAGCUCCGGGAAUGCCUGCGGCCUGGGGCUUCGAAAACCCUCUUGUCCAUAUACCAUGUGCCGCGCCGCUGUCGCCCAUGGCCCAGCUUGCCGAUACGUCAUGGUUUCCGGAGCCCCAGCCGGAUCCCUCGUCAACGCCUCCUGGGGCACAGACAGCGUCUGAUGCCUGCACACACUCGACCACCUGUUCUCAGGUGUCCACCGAGUCGCAGCCAACACCUCCCUCCGCCACGACCCCCACGACGCCAACGAGCUCGAUUAGAUUCAGCAGAUACCAGUACGAGGAGCCCUUCGAUGUCACUUCCUGGCCGGAGCAGACGACCCAGAGCUUGUCGUUCAAAAACUCGCAUUUCAACAAGGCACAUUACAACAACCCGAACUUCACACCAGAGGAGUAUGUGCCAGAAGUAAUCGACGAGGCGGAGAGACUAGAGAGGGCGACCCGGAAGAGGAUCCGGAAAGAGAGGAGAGAAUCCCAGCAUUCUCGUGACGAUGGAAGUAAUAACAGAAAGGAGAAAUGA